GCCUAGUGCUGGGUGCCCAUGGGCGAGGUGGGGACCACCAUGUCCCAGCUCUUCAACAGGGUCUUCUGUCACGUGUCACAACCUCAGCAAACCAGCAGGAUGGCUGCAAGCAAGAUUAAGAACCAGAGCUCCCUGGCCCCGCACCAGGUGAUCAUGAUUGGCCGUGGAGGGGUUGGCAAGUCAGCCCUGACCCUUCAGUUCAUGAAGGAUGAGUUCGUAGAAGACUGUGAACCUCCCAGAGCUGACCGUUGCAGGAAGAAAGUGGUCCUGGAGGGAGAAGAAGUGCAGAUCCUCCCAGUUAAGGCUGAAGAUGAUGCAGUCCCGCUGCUCCUGGUGGGAAACAAGUCGGGGUUGGAAGAGAGGAGGCAGGUGCUGGUGGAGGAGGCACAGAGCAAAGCAGAGGAGCUGAGUGUGCAGUACGUGGAGAUCUCGGCCAAGACUCGGGCCAACGUGGAUAAGAUGUUCUUCGAUCUAAUGAGAGAAGUCAGGGCCAAGAAUAGGUCAGCAAACAAGGACAAGAAUGGCAAGAAAAGCAGCAAGGACAAAAAAGCUCUAAGGAGAGAUGUUGCUUAUGUGAGUGCCAUGAUGGUGGUUGGAGCCCAUUGUCAGUAAGGA